AUGCCUCCCGGCUCGAACGGGGGCAUGAAUGACACUGGUAACUACUUCAUUUUCUGUGGCAUCUCCUACAGCGGCGAAGACAUCGAGACUCUCUCCAGCAUAGCGAGCGCCGAAGCUUGCAUCGACCGCUGUUCCGCUGACAACGGUUGCGUUGCUGUCGCAUACGAUCCUUCGCGGGCCAGCUGCCUCAAGAAACGUUCCGUUACCCGGAACAGCGACACGCCCGCGCCAGGCUUACUCUUCAUCUUCAGCUUGCCAUACUUCACUGAAAUGGAGCACGAGGGGCCGCCAACGACCAUGCCCACUCCAUCGCCGAGCUCCAUGCCUCCCACCCUUGAUACUAGCGCUCAGCCAACCGAUCCUUCCUCAUUGCCACCACCUAUCUACGGGAGCCCGACAUCGUCGACCGCAGCUCCGACUGGGAACUUCUCGAUAAUCCUGCCACCUCUCCCUGAUGAACCUACGCUGCCUUGGCCUACUGGACCAGUCUCGUCUCCGUCACUCACAAGCCAAACUUCUUCUCCCUCUGUGUAUUUACGCACAACAAUCACGGGCGGACUACCCGCUACCACAGUGGUUGGAGGCUCGACCCGUACCUACAGCACUGCAGGCGUUCUCACAACAUCGAUUUCUGGAGGUUACACAACAACAUACACAACCGGUGGCGUGACACAAGUCCUCACGGAGUACUCAGCACCUACAGCGACCGCCAGCUCCGUAGCUGACGUGGUGAUCGGCCCCUGUCCGGCGUACAAUGGGAGACAAUAUACUGAUCCGGUCACCGGUCUCACCUCGCUGGUCAGCUGUGCUACCACCUACCAAGGCACUGAAAUCACGACCUUCUAUCGAUCACGACUAGCCAGGCUCGCCAAGCGCGCCACGGUAGAAGAGUGUGCUGCUCGCUGCACGAUCGAGUCCAAUUGUGUGGCGUACACUUCAUACGCCAGUGGACAAUGCACGCUAUUUAGCGAGGUGACCGGCCAGGUGGCUUCAUCCGAGGCAGCGUACUCUGCUGCUCACAUUCAACCUAGGGUCGUCGAUCCAGGAAUCACCAGCAAUCCAGCAGCAUCAACAUCUUUCGAGCCUCUGUUGCCUCAGUUAACUGUCACAGCAACCGAUAUCAGCACACUGCCCGGUUCAACUCGGGAGGUCACUAUCACACAGGAUGCAAGCAGCUCCACUUUCACAACUACUUUGGUCUCAGUCCUUCCCGGAAGCACGAUCGUGUCCACAGAUGUAAUCACAACAACCUUGGCCGGCUCUACAGUGAUCUCGACUACUGAUAUCACCACCACCUUACCCGCCUCAACAUCAAUCAGUACACAAGUUGUGGCUACAACAGCUCCGGCCUCGUUGAUUGUCAGCACAUAUGUCAGCGUGCCGCCUGCGAUCACUGUGGUCAGUACAAUGUCCGCCAUCAUGACCACUUAUGUGGAAACAAUUACAACACAGCUGCCUGGAAGCUUGAUCGUUAGCACAGAGCCUGCUACCACUGUGGUAUCGACGGUGAUCAGUACCAUUCCAGAAAGUACGCUCACGACAACAUACUCAACCACUGUUGCGGGUUCCACUAUCUUGAUAACGACCUCGCUACCCGGAGAAACGACCACUGCCGUGUUUACAACCCGCGAAGUCUCUACGGAAGUUGUGAUUAGCGUCAUAACUCAAGAGGCGACAACAACCGUUACAUACACUCCGGAAGCAAGCAUCUCCCUCAUCGAGACCACACUAGUCUCAACUUUUACCACCAUAAUUUUCGAAACGGAGACCGCAACUGAGACCGCAACGGAUACUGCAACGGAGACCGCAACAGACACUGCAACCGAUACAGCAACGGCGACCGCAACGCAGACCGCAACCGAUACCGCGACACAGACCAUAGUUGCCACGGUGACUCCUUCAGCAUAUGGUCUUGACGCUGUACCAACUUGCGUUAGCACUGGCCGAGAAUACACCGCAUACGACGGUAGCAAAUUUGUGAUGCUAUGCGGGCUUGUCACUGUUGGAAGCGUGCUAGACACUGUCAGAACCACUAGCUUCUCUGCUUGCGUGGAGAUCUGCAACCAGUACGGCACAUCAUGUGCAGCGGGUGGUUGGGAUUCGACAAACAGUCUGUGCCGAUUGUACAGCUUCAUUUACCUGGACUUUGCUCAUGCCGUAUCUGGGCUGGAUGAGGUAUUCACAGACAGCGCCGUGCGCCUUUCCGGACCUCAAGGAUCGGCCUCAAGAUCGCAAGUUGUGAUAAAUGGCGGCUUCGAUGACGAACUCUCCAGAUGGACUAUUGAUGCCCCGGGUCGGGGAUCCGCUGAAGUCGUAGAUGGUCAAGCACAGAUCAAGGUGGACAACUACCGCGAUGCUGGUCCUGUCGUCUUCUCACAGGCCGUAUCUGCAGCGGAAGGAUCUGCUUUCCUCCUAGAACUUCGGGUCGGCGCCAGUGGCUUUUCCCCUUCUAGUUUGACUGGCCUUCAAGGCGUGGAGAUCUCCAUCACGACCGCGGACGGCUCCUUUCUGGGGUACCAUGAGCUCCAACUAGGCGAAGAGACGGCUUUGCACUACGCCGCGGGAACCUUUCCUCGCGAGGUCACGGAACUUCGACUGCGAGCCUCUUGCUUCAAUUGUGGGCCGGAGGUAAGCAUUCUCCUGGACGACAUUGCGCUCUACGUAUACACCCCAGGCAGAGGGGGCUUCGGAGUGACGGCAACUCUUAUCCCCGCUGCUUCGACUAUAACAGAAAGCCUUGUCAUCGUCGAGACUGAAUCUAUUCCCGUGCCAACGGUCAUAUACUCGGAUGUCACCACCGUGGUGACAGCGACUCCUACGCCCUCCAACUAUGGAUUCAAUGGCUACAACACUGUGUCUUCAUGCUCACCAGAAGUGAAUGGUCAGACCUAUGUCGCAGCAGACGAGAGCAGAUUCGUUAUGCUAUGCGGCCAUUACAUCGAGGGAGAAAGCUUGAGCUCGACGCCGGCGUCAAGCUAUUCUAAUUGUGUUGAGCGCUGUAACGCCGAGCUCGGCUGCGCAGGCGUAGCUUGGGACUCUGUAGCUCGGAUGUGCCAGCUCUAUCAGACUCUCGUGGAUGCAUACGCUCCCGGCCGUGGGCCACGAAAAAAUCUCCAGCCAUCGACCCUCACGGACGCUGCCGUUCGACUGACCGGACCAGGAGGUCCUAGCUUGAGAGAACCUCUAAUCAGCAAUGGCGGAUUCGAUAAUGGCCUGGAGAGCUGGUCGUUCUCCCCCCAGCUUGGUGCUUCAGUGACUGUGGUAGAGGGUGUAGCGACUUUGACAUAUUCCGCCGAUGUGAACACCAUCACCAUGGUCCAGCAGAUCCAAGGUAGCGUCGGCGACGGGUUCGUCCUGUCGCUGAGCCUUGGUGCCAGGGGAGACUUUUCGAACACGGUUGGAUUACUUCCCAUUGCUAAAAUCUGGGCAUACCUUGACGAUCGGCUUGUGGGAAUCUUCAACACCAUCCAAGGCGACUCGGCAACGCUUGUAUACGCAGGCGGAAGAUUACAAACCUCUGCAAGGCUACUCACCGUAGUUGCUCAGAUAGCAACAGGCAGCGGUCUUAGUGCUAUCCUGGACGACGUUGCGCUCUAUACCUGGAAGACAGACAACUCUCAAAACACCCUAUGUACCAACGAUGGCCAGCAAUACACCUCGACGAUAGACGGUAGCCAGUUCAUCAUGCUGUGCAACACUGGUCUUCGCAGUGGUAAUGUAUACCGAACAGUGCCUGCUGCCAGCUACUCACAAUGUGUGGAACUUUGCGCUCAACAGGGCACAAUCUGUGCCGGAGCGCAAUGGCGCAUUGAUACGCAAAUUUGCACCUUGUACGACCGCAGUGGAUUGCAGGAGACUGGUUCCCCGGACGUCGACUACCUGAACAGCGCGAUCCGGCUCACAGGUCCCCCGAGCUUGGGCGUUCCGUACACCAACAAGCUCAAAAAUGGUGACUUCGAAGGUCGUGUAUACACACCUGAGUGGAGUCUCGAAAGCAACGGCGUCGGACAACUGGAUGUGUCAGCAAAUUCUCGAGCACUAGUAUUCUCCACUGGAGUCGGGUCAGGCUCCCGGACCAUCAAUCAAGACAUAACGGGGGGCACUGUCGGCGAUGUGUAUCUUCUGACCUUCAAAGUCUCGAUCCCAGUAGACAUAAGCUACGGCAGUAUUGAGCUAACAGCUUUCCUGGACUCGCAGCCAAUCGGCGACAUCAACUAUGUCAACAGCGACAUCACUGGCUCGCUCCGUACAACGACCGUCUACGCAAGUGGCACACUCAUGCGAACUCCUAGCUUGUUCAGGCUCUCAGUCGAGUUUACGACCGCCGAAGAGGCGUGGAUAAGUCUAGAUGACAUUGAGUACUUCACGUACGCACGACAGGACGCGAGAGCCCAGACGACCAUCGUGUAUGGCACCGCCUACGACUUUGACAGCUAUGCGAUGGCUACCUACGAGGUGCCACAGGUCAUCGCCGGUCAAAGUUUCGGCAUAGAGCUGCGAGGCUUGUUCCUUACCAUUCCAGACGACAGGACGUCGUGCACGGUGACAGUAUACAGUGACAAGACAGGCGUCAGCGCCCGCACCAUACUGUUCACUGGCAGAUGGAACGUCCAUACCGUUCCGACCACUCCGCAACGAUUCGAUAAUUACGGUCUCAUUUCUGGCACCACUACUGCCUUUGAUAUUGAGUUCAUGUGUGAUGGCACCACUGGAAGCACGCUCAGCAUAGCCAGCAUCAACUUCUACGUCAAUACGCCUCUUCAAAACUCGAGGCCGUCGCCAGUUGUGCAAGAUGCGUCAACCACAGUGCCUUCAUCCGUCCCAGCAGGCUCAGAGUACCGUCUCACAGCGACAGUCAUCCCAAUAAAUCUACCAGCAGAUGGUUAUUGCAACAUGUACCUUGCUUACGAUGUCACAAAUCCAAAAGGCACGGUACAGACAAGCAUGGGAUCUGACGGCUACCUUUUCCAGCUGGAAGGCACCGCGACGAGCGCUCUUUCAAUCUUGACCGCAACCUAUGCUUGCUAUGGAUCUAUCUCUUAUAUUCCGACCACUUUGCAGUUUACGGCAACGGCUGAGUUUUCGCUAUCACCAGAGGCAGGAAGCUGCGAAGCUUAUAUAGGUCCGACGGCUACCUACAAUGGUGUAUCGUUCGACAUCAGAUGCGGCAGAUGUUUUGGGUCCCUCAGCGCAGUCGAGUCUCUCCGGCCGACCACCUUCGAGGCUUGUCUGCAGAGAUGCGCCACAACUACUGGCUGUGUUGGUAUUCAGUUAUACGACUAUGAGGGACUAAACGAAAAUGAACCUUACUGUUACGUGAUCAGUCAAACUUACACUUACGGCCAAGACGGAACCUACUCGAACGAAUACUGCCACAGUGCAGUCAUCAUCUAG